GUUGUGCACCGUGGCGGUCGCAGCUCAAAUGUUUCGGUAUCUGAUGUAGGUUCAGAGAAGCUCUUCUCCCCUACCACACCUAAAGGCGCGCCGACGAAUGAGAGUCCGGAGUCGAAGACUUGCAGCUUGGCCAAAGUCUCGGGGCUCCAGCGCAGCCAGGAGCAGAGCAACGAGGCGCCCUUCGCCCCGCCCUUCGCCCCGCCCGUGCCUAGCCCCACGCCGGCCUCCGCGCCCACCGGCUCCCCCGCCCCUGCUGCUGCGGCGGCGCCCCCUCCGCCCCGCGCCCGCCUCCGCCUCGCCUCCCCGCCCCCUCUCGGCGUCAAGCGGGAGUCGGCGGCGCUGCCCCCCAUCCCCACCCCUCCCCUGCUGAGGACCCACCCCCACCAGGAGCUCCGGGUGCUCCCCUCUCCGCAGCACCACGCCCGGCCUCUGAUCGGCCACCAGCUCCACCACCCUCUGCAGUACAACAGCCUCCACGACAUCAGCCACAGUCACAGCAGCCCCUUGGGCCUCCCCAAACACCACCUGCCCCCCUCUCCCCCCACCACCACCUGCCCCCCUCUCCCCACCACCACCUGCCCCCUUCCCCCCACCACCACCUACCCCCCUCCCCCCACCACCACCACCUCAACGGCCUCCCCCAGAGUGCCCCGUCCCUGCCCCUGUCCAUAG